GACAUAAAUUAAAAUGCAUUUCGGACUGCUGAUAGUAUCACAGAUCUUUGGACUUAUACCAUUCAAUUACAUGAACCGUAAACGUCAUUUUUACGAUUUCGUCCUGAUGUUUAUUGUACCAUGUUUUUACAUAUUCUGCUAUCUUAUGGCCAAUCUUCAAACGUAUUCGGUGAAGAAUUUGCCGGAAUGUGGCAAUAUAUGCACACUUGCCACAACAAUUCUCGUUCACAUGGGUAUUUUCGUUUAUUUGACCAAUUAUGUGCUGAGUUUAUUACGUGGAAAGUAUUUCUUUCCGGAAUUCUAUAAGCGAUUAAAUGAGAUUGAUGAGGUUUUGAAGAAAUGUCAACAACAUGUCAAAGUACAACGAAAUUCGAUGCAUUUGGUGAAGACAAUUUUAUUAGUCCUGUUCUUAUCCUUUAUCAUUGUGGCUGUAUUCCUUGAUUGUUCUUUUCAGCGGAAAUAUUUUGGCAACAUGUUCGUUUUGCCUGUAAUGACUGUGACUUUUCCAUUUCUUGCAAGUAGCAUUGUUCUGUCACAAUUUUCUUAUUUAGUGGCGAUUAUAUCCGAACGUUUCAUAAAGCUGAAUACAAUAUUGGAAAUCUUAAACAAAGAAUGUUCGAAGAAAAAUUUACCAAUCAAAAUUUUUGAUAUCGAAUGUGACAAACCGACGAAAAAGAAACUACCUAUGAAUUUUCAAGCUGGCAAACCUGACAGUAAGAAGGUUAGUGACAGUGAAUAUGAGGACAACACUACCGAGAGUGAGAAAGAUGAAUACGAUGAUUUGGAACAUUAUGCCAAAGAAUAUCCGGAUAUGGACAAAACCUCAGAAGAACAUCUUGUGGAUUUGUUUUGGUUGCAUAGCAAAAUUCUCAAUCUGAGCCGAUUAACCAAUCACGAGUAUGGAGCCCAGACAGUUCCUUAUAUGGUUAUGUGUUUUGUAACAACGAUUUUCGCUAUAUUUCUGCAUACCAAGGUCAUGGUUGAAGUUACGGGCCAAAGUUUAACCUUAAAUUUUGUUGCUCAACUUUAUAUGAUGUGGGGUGCUAUAACUUUGAUUGUGGCAUAUAUAGUUUUGAGAUUAUGCUGCAAUGCUAAUGGAUACUCAAAGAAAUCGGCUAUGAUUGUUCAUGAGAUAAUGCAGAAGAAACCACAGUUUAUGAUGGGCAAUGACGUUUAUUACAACAAGAUGAAGUCUUUUACUUUACAAUUUCUUCAUUGGGAGGGAUUUUUCCAAUAUAACGGCAUUGGAAUGUAUACGCUGGAUUAUACUUUCAUAUUUUCGACUGUCAGUGCCGCUACAUCAUAUUUGAUAGUUCUGCUGCAAUUUGACAUGACCACAAUUCUAAGGAAUGAUGGAUUUAUUAUUUACUAAACGACAACAACAAAAACCAGUGACUUUUAAGAUAAAAUCUUUUUAUUUGAAAAAUUUACAUUUAAUUGUGUUUUGUCCGCUCAAAAUUAUAAUAAAU